AUGCGGUACCGACACCUUAGGCAGGUUGUACCAAAAGUAGGCCGGAACCUCCCCUUCCUGUCUGAACCCCGUUUGAUGGCGGGCUUGGAUCACCCAAACGUGAUCCGACUCUUCCAGGUCAUUGAGACCCUCAAAUACAUGUACAUUAUCAUGGAGCAUGCAGGUGGGGGACAUCUACGGAGCCUCAUCUCGGAGCCUGGUGGCAUGCCUGAGGAGCAGGCCCGCAGACUCUUCAGGCAGAUGGUGCGUGCUGUGCAGUACUGCCACGAGAAGGGCAUCGCACACCUGGACCUCAAGCCGGAGAACUUCGUGCUGGACGCCAGUGGUACCGUGAAACUCAUUGACUUCGGCCUGAGCACCAGAUUCACAGCCGGGAGGAAGCUGAGCCGGUUCUGGGGCACUCUCCAAUACUUUGCCCCAGAAGUUGUCCGCAGGGAGGAAUACGAGGGCCCCCUGGCGGACAUCUGGAGCCUGGGGGUGGUUCUCUAUUUCAUGCUGACAGGGAGCCGCCCAUUUAUAGCCAACAGUGUUGGGCAGGUGAGGAGGCUGAUCAUGGAGGGAGCCUAUGGCAUUCCUGCACAUGUUUCCARGGGAGCUCAGAGCCUCAUCCUUGCGAUGCUGAAGGUGCACCCCAGGCAGAGGCCCAGCCUAAAACAGAUMAUGAGCCACCCAUGGCUGAGCCAGGGCAAGGAAGAUUCACCCCGUCCUUCUGGCGAGGCCCUCCCCAUCCACCCGGAUCCUGCCAUCAUAACAACCAUGUUCGACAUGGGUUACGACCCCUAUAACAUCUGGGUGUCCCUGUCACAUAAGAAAUACGAUGAUGCCAUGGCUACCUACCUCCUGCUCAAGUGCCAGAGAACCCAGGGGGUGGGUUGCACAUGCCAGGAGAAGCCCGUGCAGCGUCGGGUGGUAGGGCCUCGCCCAGGCCCUGCAGAUCCUCCUAGGGUCGACCCCAGGAAGUGCUCCAGUGAGCCUGCCCUUCGCUUGCCCUGUGAGCAGCAGCAGCAGCCAGAGGAGGCCAAACCGUCUCUGAAGAAGGGUGGUGGCAGUGCCAGCGUGCCUGGCAUUCGUCUCCGCUUUUUCCACGUGGACACACCCCCUCCCAGCCUAGCCUCCCAGCACCACCCUGUGCCCAGCACAACCGACCCCUCCAGCCUCAGUAGGGAAAUCCCAGAGGACCCCUUCAGCCUCGGUAGGGAGAUCACAGAGGACCCCUCCAGCCUCAGUAGGGAGAUCACAGAGGACCGCAGCUCCUCCUCCCAAGCUUCCUCCACAGAGCCAACCCACCACUGCAUCAGGGGUUGGAGGAGAGUGAGGAAGAGUAUUGUCUCCUGCCUUCGACASYUGUGUUUCAUCCCAUGCUUCAGUCARUCAUUGUUCAGGAGCAAAGUGGUUCCAGUGGAAAUCAUCAGCCAAGACCAACAGAACCAAUGA